UUUAAAGGAUGUCUUCUGUUCGGAGUGCUUGAGGUUUUCGGGUCGUUUGACAUGUUUACACGUUAAGCCCUACGUGGUCUUUGACUCCAGUCGAGAAGAGGUGAUUGGAGUACGAACUAGGAGGAGCGUAAACAGUCACAGCGGUGGCCACGAAAACAUUAACAAUCGAUUUGAUAUACGUUUAGAAAUCGAUUGUGUCAGAGGAUAAAAACUAAACAUUUGGUGUCGUCCGCAAAAGGAACCCGUGAAGACUAAACUGUUGGGUUUAUCAGUUAGCUUUCAAAGCCAAAGUAAAAGAAAUUUGACCGCCUGGGCUGUUGCACAAAACCAUUGGUUAACCUACAAGUGAAAGUGACCUAAACAAAGUAUCAUGCCUCAUUUGCGAAGGGAAUCUCUUAGAGACGAAAGACAAAGUCGUCAUUCUAUCAAAAUGAAAGGGAAUUUCAACAAGAGACCCAAUGAGGAUCUCUCCUCAGGAUAUGGGAUAGCAAACAUAACUAAAAUUGGCACCAAGAAUAUGAGCUGGGCACAUGAUAGGGAGGAGACGAAGACAAGCUUCGACCGCGAUGGCGUCAACCUUCGCCUGGAGGAACAGCUAAAGCUGCACCACCUCAAGAAACUCGAGGAUCUCUUCGAGAACUUUGAGAUCCCUGCACCAGAUGAGAGCAUACCACACUACAGGCGAGUGGUACGAGAACCAGGCUGUCUUAACGUCGACGAAUUUCGACUGACCAUUGCAAAGGUUUUAGGCACCGAUGACUUCAAUGACCAGUUGGAUAAACUAUUUUCCAAGCUCGAUACGUCGGGAGAUGGUUACGUCGACUGGGGGGAGUUUUGUACCUACAUGCUGCUACAAUACCGGGAAAAUGACUACAUGCGGACGAAAAAGGAGCUCCCUUUCAGAUCUGAGCCAAAAAUACGACACAGUAUCCACAACAGGCAAGAAACAACGACAAAGAUACUCUCAAUAGAUAACCCAACGCGUUAUGUUUCACUCAGUAAAGAGGGCGCAAUAUGUGUGUGGGAUGCCAACCACCUCUAUUUGAUGUCCAACUACACCAUGGUCCAGGACGACGAGGACCCAAUGGGGAAAAAGCGCCGCUUCAAGAUGUGGGUGACCGAUGCCGUCUUCAUGCCAAACUGCCAUAAACUGGCCAUCGCCACGACCAGUAGGGACAUCAGGUUCUACGAGACGGCCACGGGAAACUUCUUCGAGGAGUUCCAUCUUUAUGCUCUACCAGACGUACCAAACUGCCUCGACUAUUGGUAUGACACAAAGAAUCCCAAUGGUGAUUCGUUCCUUAUGUGGGGUGACGACUGCGGUGCUAUUAGUCUUAUUACAUUCUUCAGACCUGUUUCACAACUUUUUGAAACACCCUUCAUGGAAACUCAUGGAACACUCAAAAUAUUUGUAAAGGACAUCCAUAAACACGCCAAGUGUAUGUUGUACGAAUAUGUGCCCGACGUCCACCCUGAUGUGAUCAAGAAAGUCCAGUACAUGCCAGACAAUGAACACAUCAUUAGCUGUACAUCUAGCCCAAAGAGUUCCGUGGUCAUUUGGGAUGUUCUCAGGAGGAAGAAAACUUAUAUAUUCAAACUGACAAAGGGAUGUGAAACCUUCGACUACAACAGACAACUGAAUGUCCUCGUGACCGGAAGUGCAGAUCACUUAGUACGACUCUGGAACCCGUAUGUGCCAAACAAACCAAUGGCCAUUCUGAUUGGCCAUCAGAUGGGAGUUAUUGAUGUCGUCAUACACGAACCUUUUGCUCAAGUGUUUAGCUACUCGAGGGACGGGGUAAUAAAAGUAUGGGACGUAAAAGAACAUAGCUGCCUUCAGACUGUCACACUUAAGUUCCCCAGCAGUUUCACGGGUCGCCUUCCCGAGCAUGGAUUCUUCCCAUGUAGGCUACAACCCCCGCCUCAGAACGCCUUCAUAGUUGGAAGUAACGACUACUUGGCUAUGCUCAAAUGUGGCCAAGUUCGUGAGGUAGUCAGUUUUCUGCCGACGACCCAUACCACGCAACUCUGUUGUGCCAUAUAUAAUACAUAUUUCAAGCAGGUUGUGACGGGUUCAGACGAUUCGACGAUAGCAGUGUGGGACAUUGAAACGGGCGUUAAAGCCAUCAUGUUUACUAAUGCACACGGAGAUGAGGAGAUUACGUGUAUGAGCUUUGAUGGAUCGGACAGAAGGCUCAUCACCGGAGCACGAAAUGGAACAGUCAAGAUCUGGAACUUCCAAACUGGACACAAUUUGAACAAAUUGGAGCCAGUGGGCGACCUCGAGGUGACGGGCAUUGUCCCACUGGCUGAGAGGCGCCUCAUACUAACAGUAGGCUGGAGUAGACUUCUCACAAAAUAUGACGAUGCUGACCAAGAUAACAUGUACAUCAAGGCCGACAUCUCGUGGAAGGAGGGUCAGGUACACGAAGAAGACAUCACAGCCGUAGCAUUCCUACCCCCAAAUCUCCUAGCGACCGGAAGCUUCGACGGGGCACUAGUAAUUUGGAGCACGGAAACGGAAAAGGUCUUCUUUAAACUACGAAAAGGACAACAAUCUAGAAUGUCGAGGAAACUCCGCGAGCUUAAUGUACAAUGCGGUAGCAGUCGUCCUGGAACACGCCCAUCCAGACCGAAUUCAAGACACAGGGCCUCCCACAGCCGGCCGGAGCAAGGAGAGCCUGUACCCAUAGACAAACUCCUGUUCCUUCCCGGCCGCGUCAAGUCCGCCAAGAGGAACGAUGGUGCAAUACUAAUCUCAAGUGAGGCCGGUGUUCUGCGGUUCUGGAGUGUCUACGGACAGAAACAUGACAUCGGGUUCUUUUACGCGCCAGACAGUGCGGAUGAGUCGGUCCUCGCCAUGUGCUCCAACCAAUCCAAUAGCCUCCUCGUAGUUGGAGAUACCCAGGGUCUUAUCUCAGUCUGGAAUAUCGAAAACUACUGUACGGAACCACUCGAAGAGACUAUCACGGAGCGGCCUCCCCUGAUGUGUUGGUGGAGGGCCCACGACUCUGCGUUAGUUAGUGUAGAAUUUAUAAGUCACGAAGACGGCGAAUUCGUUGUUUCAUCAUCUACGGACAAGACAGCACGGCUGUGGAAUCUAAAGGGUCAUUUUGUCGGAACAUUUGGGCAGAAAGACCGAUGGAAUCUCAAGUCUAAGAAAUCAUGGACACAUCCAGACACGCCUUGGUCAAUCUUAGAGCAAAGAGGAAAAUACAAUAUCAAGACACUAAAGGAGGAUGACAAAGAGAGUAGGCCUGCUACAUCAGGAGAAGGGGUUGAUGAAGAAAACGAAGACGCCAACGUGACGGAACAGAAGGAAGAAGGUGAAGAGGAGGAGGAAACCGGCGGGGCAAGAGAGGAGAAAACAGUGGACGAAUUCUCAGAAAGACCUAAUAUGACUGCACCAGAUGAACCAGAUAUUCCCCAAGCAGCAUCAGCGGCGAAAAGUGUGAGGAUCGCUGAAGAGGAGGACAUCGAUGUGGAACACGAAAUCGAGAAUUUCAGAUUGAAAAUGCGGUCUCAUACGAUUGCUUAUCAUGGUCAAGGGGCGAGAGAGAAAACGUUACUUGGUUUCAAAGUUGAGAAGGACUUCUAUCGACAGAAGCUUGGUCGGAUGGAGCGGAGAGAACACUUUGGAGGUAUCGACUCCAAGCGGACUUCACGGAUGGGAGGGAAGCUGUGCACCGCUUACCAUGCUCUUAGCACUCCGGAGGUGAGUCGAGUCAACCUCCCUCGGAACCUGCCCGUUACGCCACGGAUGGCUAGUAGGGGCUACACAUCAACCAACAUAAACGAGGACAUUCUGAAAACGAUGGAUCUCAAAUACCACUAUGAUGCGAGUAAUGACAUAUUUGAAGAGACAGUACUUAAUGCUGAGAAGCGAACCAAACUUCCGGCCAUCAGCAAUAAGAAGGGUCAGACUAAGGUGACAUUCAGUAGGAAUGAAUCCACCAGUAAACUUACAAGGGGUUUGACUGUGUGACGAUGCAGAAGCAAACUACAUACCGUAAGCAGUGUAUGACCGGUAAUACACUGCUGAUACCAUGCAUACUGCAACUACGUUUUAAUCGAUGUAUUAAAGAAGUGACUGUACACGGAGUACGUAGUCGAUCCUUAAAGACUGUUCAAGCUAUUGUGUACCUUUUCGAUGCGUCCAAGGAAGUAAAAUGGGGAAGACCUCAUGUUAUCAAUUUACAAGAGGUUAUACAUUUUGGGUAAAUUUGUCAAACGUCAAAAGCUUUCUGUGAUAAAACAACUUCGUGGGUUGAGAUAGCUGUCUUGUUUGGAUGCACUUGAUUCAUUAAAAUUAAACACGUUGUAUUUUUGAUGAUGAAAAUAUAAUAGGACCUGACUGAGUUAACCAGUGAAGGCUGGUAUUCACCUGCUACUGGCUUGUCAUUCUUUCAUGCUUGUGCGCUAGCCAAUCUUUAAUAUGGCUGCGUAAUAGGCCUUCCCUCCACCUGCAAGUGGAAUGUGGUUGUCAUACUCUUUUUUGCACUUUAAGGAAUAAAGUUUCAUAGGUUUUACUAAAUAAAACAUU